GAGAAAAGAAAAACACACACACAAACACAACAUGGUCUACGUACUUUUGGUCUUCAUUCUUGUCUCUUUUUUAUUGCAGGAGUCCACUCUUUCUUUUAUCAAAACAUAAACUAACCUUUCCUUUGAUUCACAUCACCCCAUCGUCUCCGAUCACCGCCCACCGGAAUAUUCCAUGGUGUUCACCGGACACAAUAGGUCACCUACCACCACUCAUUUCGAUCAACCCGAAACAUCAGACAGUAAACCGAUUAAAGAAGUGGAUUUUUUCACCGAUAAGGAACAUGAUCUGUCUAAGAUGAUCGAAUCUUCUGCACCCACUAUGGAUUUUGAUUUGAAUAUUAAUACUGGUUUGCAUCUUCUCACCCGAAACACAACCACCGAUCAAUCCAUUUUCGACCAUGAUGUGCGUCCCAAUUCUGAACAACAACGGACUAAACAUCAGUUAGCAAUGGUUAAGGCUGAUAUUGAGAGGAUGACCGAAGAGAAUCGAUGGUUGAAAGAUGCGUUGAAUCGUGUGAUGAUCGAUUACAACAUACUCCAGAUGCGUAUGGCCAGUACCAUGAUACACCAAAAACAAGGAGAAGAACACAAUAGCAUAAAUGGAUCAACAAUGGCACCAAGGUCGUUUAUGGAUCCAGGUUUUGCAACUUCAAACACGGGUGUAACGGAUGAGAAUGAUGGGUCAUCGUCACCGGGAAGAAGUAACAAGAACUGUGCUGUUGAUCAGAAGCUUAGGAGAGCUAGGGUUUCUGUUAGAGCUCGAUCAGAAGCUUCUGUGAUCACAGAUGGAUGUCAAUGGCGGAAAUAUGGUCAAAAAAUUUCUAAAGGAAACCCUUGUCCAAGGGCUUAUUACCGGUGCACCAUGGCUGUCGGUUGCCCAGUCAAGAAACAAGUGCAAAGAUGUAUACAAGAUAAAACAAUCCUAAUCACCACUUACGAAGGCAAUCACAACCACCCUCUCCCGCCGGCCGCCAUGGCGAUGACCUCCACCACAUCUUCGGCCGCCCGGAUGCUACUCUCCGGCUCUAUGCCAAGCUCCGACGGCCUCAUGACUACCAUUUCAGCAUCUGCCCCAUUUCCAACGGUCACACUAGACCUCACUCAACCCCCAACCCCGUUACACUGUCACCGGACCUCUGGUCAGUUCCAACUACCGUUUUCUAACUCAGGACUUCAAAUGUCUCAAAACAUGCAGUCCCCCGAGACUUGCUGGCAACCCCCGUUACACACACAAGGGACUCGACAUGCCACCUUGGCUGAUACUGUUACGGCAAUCACAGCGGAUCCGAACUUUACGGCCGCCCUAGUGGCCACGAUAUCAUCACUAAUGGGUGGCGAUGGCCACUCUAAUGGGAAUAAGAAUGGUGAAAAUGUCAAUGAUAUCAACAGCAACAACAAUGUCCGUGGGAACAAUAAAGUCAGCAAUUAGGGUUGUCAAAGAAGUUAAAACAUCAUGAGCUGGUGGUGGUAUUAAAGUCUUUUUAUAAUUAGUACACACAUGUUAUGUUUCUUCGUCGUUUUCUAUUAACGAGUUGGUUGAAGGAUC